AUGCCGAAAAGAAAAAGUUCCAAGCCCACAAAGGGUUCAAAGUCUCAGGAAGAAACAAAGGCAGAUGCCAUACUCAGCAAGAUAUCAAGUGACUUUCUAGAGUGUACCAUCUGCCUGGAGCCCUUUAAAGAUCCCAAGGUGCUGCCUUGUCUUCACACCUUCUGUGAGGGCUGUCUGAAGAAGUUUGUUGCACAAGAUAAAGUGAAGAACAAGUUUCAUUGUCCAACAUGUCGGAUUGAAACUGUACUUCCAAAAGGUGGAGUCGCCAGUUUCAAGAACAACUUCUUUGUCCAGAGCUUGAGCGACACAGUUCAGGCACACAAGAGUUUGGUUAGCAAGGAGGAUGACAAAGUGCAGUGUGAUGUCUGUGAAGAAGAUGUGGCUAGCCGAGGCUGUGUCCCUUGUGAAGAGUUUUUGUGUGAUGAGUGCGCCUCAGCACACUACCGUGCUAAACGCACUCGAAGUCAUGAAGUCAUUGGUGUGGUAGAGCUAAAAGAGCAGCUGAUCACCAAGACAGGAUCGCUGAAGUCAAAAUCACUGCCUACAUGUCCAAAACAUGAGGAUGAGAAGAUGAAGUUCUACUGUGAGACGUGCAAGUGCCCCAUCUGUCGAGAUUGCUCUGUACUGCAGCAUAAGAAUCACAAGUACGGCUACCUAGCAGAUACUGUAGGUAAAGUCAGGGCAGAAAUCAAGACCAAACUGAAAGCUGCCAAGCAGAAAAUCACAAAAUACGAAAAAAGAGCCAGUGUUGUAGCCAAGAAGCAAGCAGAACUGGAUACAAGGAGCAAGAAAGCCAAAGAGAGCAUCGGCUUAGCUGCAAAGAAAGAGAUCAAGCACUUCACUGGUCUUGUGAAAUGCAAUGAGACUGAGCUGAAUGAAAAGCUGGCCUCCAUCACUACAGAUCGUUCCAAGCUGCUCUCUGCCACAGCAGACAGUAUUAGGAGCACCCUAGGCUGUCUGUCCAGCACAGUGGACUUCUCACAGAAAGUAGUGGAACAUGGCAGUGACUUUGACCUCAUGAACAUGUACUCUGAUGUCACGUCACGGCUGGAAUCUCUGUUGGAAGGCCCAACCCCAGACAUUCCUGAUGACAUCAGCUAUGUCAUGUUUGAUCCAAAGACAGAAAGGAAAGAAAAAGGAGUCAUUCUUGGUAGCAUUGUUGAUAAAGAAAUUGUGGAUGACGAAAUGGAGGGAGAGUCGCAAGCUGAGGCGACCUUUCGUUUCACUGUGGACAACUUCAGCAAGCUCAAACAGAAGGAACUCAGUAACGUUGUCUUCAUCCGCAAUCUGCCCUGGAGAGUAUACGCUGAGCCUUAUUAUGUCCCUAAUGGCCAGCCUCCCUACAACAAGCACCUUGCCGUCUUCCUGCAAUGUGAGGCUGAUGCCAAAAGCUUGUGGUCUUGCCAUGCCUCAGCCGAGCUACGGUUGAUUCCUCAAAAGAAAGGUGUGAAGAAAUUUAUUAGCACAGUUGACCAGAAUUUCUACAACAAUGGGAGCAGCUGGGGGAGGAAGGAAUUCAUGCCGUGGCAUGAGGUGUGUGAUCCAAAGAUGGGAUACAUCAAGGAUGACAAGAUCAUACUGGAGGCCUACGUGAAGGCAGAUGCUCCAUGUGGUGAGAAGGAGAUCACCAUUGACAGCGAAGAGAUGGAGGAAGAGCCUCAAAGUCAGGCAACUGUUCGUUUCACCAUGGAGAAUGUCAGCAAGGUCACAGAGAGGAAGUUCAGUCAUGCAGUCUUCAUCCAAAACCUCCCAUGGAAAAUACUGGCCAAACCCUCUGGUGACUCCAAGUAUGCCUGGCAGUCACGUGAGUGGCAACCCAACAAGAACCUUGCUGUCUUCCUUCAUUGUGAUGCCGACUCCAAAAGCUUGUGGUCCUGCCAUGCUUCAGCUGAGCUGCGGUUGAUCCCUCAGAAGAUAGGUGUGCAGCCAUUGACACAUAAUAUCGACCAGAUUUUCUACAACAAAGAUAGGAGCGGGGGGACUACGCACUUCAUGCCGUGGCAUGAGUUGUGUGAUCCACAGAAGGGAUACAUCAAGGAUGACAAGAUCAUACUGGAGGCCCAUGUGAAGGCAGAUGCUCCUCGUGGAAUGAAGGAAAUCGCCCUGGGCAACAUUUUUGGUGAAGAAAUUCAUGAGAAGACUGAGUCAGUAGCUGAGGCAACCAUUCAUUUCACUGUGGAGAACUUCAGUGAAGUCAAAGAGCUAGAGAGGCGGUACAGUAACCCGGUCUUUGUCCGUAACCUGCCAUGGAAAAUACUGGCCAAGCAUGAAGAGGACACCAAAAGCCAGCCACCAAACAAGAAGACUCUUGGCGUUUACUUGAAGUGUGAUGCCAAUUCCAACAGCUUCUGGUCCUGUCGUGCAUCAGUCGAGUUUCGGCUGAUCCCACAGAAGGCAGGGGUAAACAUUCAUAAGAUGGUAGUGAAUCGUGUCUUCUACAAGAAUGGUGAUAACUGGGGGUAUUCCAAGUUCAUGCCGUGGCAUGAGGUGUGUGAUCCACAGAAGGGAUACAUCAAGAACAACAAGAUCAUGCUCGAGGCUUAUGUGAAGGCAGAUGCUCCUUGUAUCUUAGCUGGAUGUCUCAAAGAAGUGGGCUCAGGGACAGAGGGUUCAAUUUGA